CUUAUUCAGACAAACACAUUUCCAAACCUACACAAAUACAGUAAAAUGUUCCCACAUACAUAUCGCGGCAUCUGCCCCUGGUGCGGCGACACACGCCCUACACUUUUUCACAUCUCGUGGGGGUGCGGGGGCAAACCUCAACACUUAAAGACGCCUAGCACGUCAUUUGAGCGGUGGGAGGUACAGCUGACCGGCGAUACCCUGGCGGGACAAGAAGCUCUCGUCCAGCAAGUACGACGAGCAGCCAUGGCCAGUGGAGUCCUGGAAUGAGGACACCAUCCACUCGACCUCAAGCUCAACCACCUCGAUGGUUCGAAUAAAUGUUUCUCUCUCUCUCUCUUUCUCACUGGAAAGCCACCUCCCACACAAACAAAAAUAAAUAAAAAUAAAAAAACGAGGGCAUGCCUCAUAAUUAAGACGUGUGCGUAAUCAGGUGCCUCAGCGAACACUUAAAAAAAAAUUAAAGUUGUCAGUGGCAAAUUACACAACUAUAGUGCAUGAGCUGGUCUACUCGAAGAGGCGGACAUGCACAACGAAAAUUGAAAUGUAUAUUCGACGAAUUAACAAAAAUGCACAAAUUAUGUUUUUAACUAAUUACUUUAUGGCUAAAUACGGACGAUAACCUUUACUAAAUACAAACGAGAACCAUUAAUGAACGAAGUACUGCUGAAAACAAACGAAGGAAGACGAUGAGGGGAAAAAAAUUGGCGUCGCGCGCGCUGACCGUUUCUUCAGCGACCUCGCGCCACGUUCUUGGCCGUGUUUCACCACCGCACGUGCUCAUGUUCUCUGGGUCGCCUGUUGCUGCUAGUGCUCUUGUAAAGCCCCUCAUCUGCCACGUCUAUUACGACCAUUUCGUUCUGUGAAUUGCCUGCCAGGACGGGUACAAUGAGCGACGAAGAGUGUGAUGUGGACAUCAAGGCUGCCAGGAGGGCACACCACAGAGACGUGGAACGACGAAGAAGGCACGUGGUCAAUCAGACUUUCAAAAGCUUGCGUGACGCAGUGCCAGGUCUACAGCUGCAGAAGGCAUCGCGGGCUCGGAUCCUCGAGAGGACGACCGACUACAUCGAGUCCAUGCGGCGGAAGAACAGGGAGCGUCUGCAUUCUAUCAAAGAACUCAGGCGAGAGAAGGAGCUCCUCGACGAACAAAUCGAGGCUUUGGAGAAACUCAGGAUGACCAGGCGUGCUGCCAUCUCGGCUGCCUCCACGCCCGACCCAUUGGACCUGGAGCGUGACUCGGCCUCUGAUGGGAGCUCUGAUUCCGCCACCCGGCCUCGUUGCUCAUCCGACCGAGUGGCUCCCGGAGCUUCAAUUUAGAGAAUCGACCAAUAGUAAUAAAACAGUACAUUGCA